UGAUUUCUUUCUUGUUGUCAAUAAAAAUGGGCGAGCCAUUAGAGAAGAAAAAUAAGCAAAGCUUUCAAGAAGCUUGGCUUAGCGAUACUCAAUAUAAAUUUUGGAUACGCAAAGUACCAUUGAAUGACGAGCUUUAUCAUUGCACUGUAUGUAAGAAAAAUUUGUCUUGUAAUACACGUAUUUCAAGACAUGCAAAUUCUACGCCUCACAAAGAAAAUCUGCAAAAAGCUACAUUUUCUUUAACAAAAAAUGACGAUAUAAAUGAAACUAUUUCUCAGACAAAACAAAAAUUUCGACAAGAAUGGUUAGAUAUUGAAUUGUUUAAACCAUGGUUACGUGAAGCAUCACAUGAUAAAACAUUAUUUUUUUGCGAAUUUUGUGAAAAAUACAUGGAUGCUAGGUUGUCACACAUUUAUCGUCAUGCAGAUUCCGCAGUGCACUUAAAAAUUGCUGCAGAUAGAAAUAAAGAAAGAAAGGAAACAGACGAAGAUAUUAAUAUUACGGACGAAUCGCUUUUGCCGAAAAAAAUAUUUCUCAUCAAACGGCAAAAGAUAUUCUCUCAUUUUUCCAAGAGAUAGGAAAAGAUUCUAAAGUAUUAGAAGCCAUGAGCAUGAGUCGGACUAAGUGUAACAAAAUUAUUUCAAACGUACUAUGUCCAGUUGAAACCGAUCGUGUUGUUGACAUUCUGCAAAAUAAUAAAUUUACGAUUUUUAUUGAUGAAACGUCUGAUAUUACAAAUCAAAAAUGGAUGACGUUUCAUAGUCGGUAUGUUGAUCCUGAAACAUUAGAUGUUCGCUCGCAAUUAAUUAAAUUGAUCGAUAUUGAUGCAAGAAAUUGCAACGCAGAAAAGUUAUUUGAGGCGUUUAGAAAUGUUAUGUAUAAAUUACAAAUUCCAUUUUUAAACAUUGUUGCCUUAUCAUGUGAUAAUGCAUCCGUAAUGACAGGCAAAAAUUCAUCUUUUAAAACAAAGCUUGGGAACAUUUGUAAAAAUGUUUUAACA